AGGGCUGGAGGCGUCGCCUGGGCCUGGCUGAGGAGGAGCGGCCGGGCAUCCCGGAGCGCAGCCUUACCGCCCGUCCGCAGCCCUCGGCCGGCAGCGUCAUGUCCUCGGACUCCAGCAAGAAGAGGAAGCCCAAAGUGAUCCGAACGGAUGGGGGCCCGCAGGAGGGCAAGCGGGGCAAGGCCGAUGGCGAGCAGGAUGCUCGGUACUACAGUGAGGAGUGUGAGGUUGAUCUCCGGGACCCCAUCAAGGACUAUGAGCUCUACAAAGAGACGUGCCAGGAGCUUCAGAGGCUCAUGGCAGAAAUCCAGGAGCUGAAGAGCAGAGGCGUCAAGGACAAUGCCUCUGAGAUAGACGAGCGACGCGUUCAGAGCUGCGUGCACUUCAUGACCCUGAAGAAGCUCAAUCGGCUGGCUCACAUUCGGCUGAAGAAGGGCCGAGAUCAGACCCAUGAGGCGAAGCAGAAGGUUGAUGCCUAUCACCUGCAGCUCCAGAAUUUGCUUUAUGAGGUGAUGCACCUGCAGAAAGAGAUCACCAAAUGCCUGGAGUUCAAAUCGAAGCAUGAGGAGAUCGAACUGGUGAGCCUGGAGGAGUUUUACAGCGAGGCUCCCACCGAAAUCAGCCGACCUGACAUCACCCUGACUGAGCCCCACCAGCAGACCCUUGCCCGCCUGGACUGGGAACUGGAGCAGCGUAAGAGACUGGCAGAGAGGUACAAGGAAUGCCAGACCAUCAAGGAGAAGAUCCUGAAGGAGAUUGAAGUGAAAAAGGAGUAUCUGAGCAGCCUCCAGCCUCGCCUCAACAGCAUUAUGCAGGCCUCCCUGCCUGUCCAGGAGUACCUCUUCAUGCCUUUCGACCAGGCACACAAGCAGUACGAGACAGCCCGGCACCUGCCGCCUCCCCUCUAUGUUCUUUUUGUUCAAGCCAGUGCCUAUGGUCAGGCCUGCGACAAGAAGCUUGUUGUGGCCAUUGAAGGCAGCGUAGAGGAAGCCAAAGCCUUGUACAAGCCACCUGAGGACUCGCAGGAUGAUGAGAGCGAUUCUGACAUGGAGGAGGAGCAGACCACGAAGCGGCGCAGGCCCACCCUGGGUGUGCAGCUGGAUGACAAACGCAAGGAGAUGCUGAAGCGGCACCCGCUGUCUGUCACCAUCGACCUGAAGUGCAAAGAUGAGAAUGUGCUUCACCUGACCUUCUACUACUUGAUGAACCUCAACAUCAUGACUGUGAAGACCAAGGUGACCACUGCUGCUGAGCUGGCAACUGCCAUCAGUGCUGGCGACUUGCUCUCCCCAGACUCCCUCCUGAGCUGCCUGUACCCGGGAGACCAUGGGAAGAAAACCCCCAAUCCAGCCAACCAGUUCCAGUUUGACAAAGUGGGCAUCCUGACCUUGAGUGACUAUGUGACAGAGCUGGGGCAUCCCUAUGUGUGGGUGCAGAAGCUGGGCGGCCUGCAUUUCCCCAAGGAUCAGCCUCAGGCAC